CAAUGGUCUGAUAGUCUGUGAACCAAUUGUCAGUAAGAAAUUGUUCGUGUGAGCUAAUAAUAUUUAGAAAAUGUAAUUUUUAAAAAAAUUCUGAAAAUCUGGGAAGGAAAAAAAAAACUUUAUUGCGAAACUUUUCAAUGAUAUUUAGAUAGGUCUAGAUCUACAAUUAAAAAUGCUAACCAGAACUCAGAUCUACAUAGUUUACAUAGAUCUAGUCUAGGCUCUAUAAUUUAAUCUAGACUAGAUCUAGAAUCUAGAGUAGGCUUACUCAGUAGAGUGACAAGAAUCUAGUUUAGAAUUUAAUCUAGAUCUAGAAGUUAAACCUUAGAUCUCUAGAGACAGCGAAAAAUUAUUAUUAAUCGGCAUAGCCAUAGCCGCAGAUAGCGGCAGCCUGCCAUAGACUCUAUGAUAGAGUUGUUGGAUCCUCACUCUCACAGUCACUCUGGCCCUGGCUUCAGAAGUUCAGUUCAGACACUGAGACAUGAGUUGAGUGAUGAGAGUAACGAGGAUAUCUUUUGCAGAAGCAAAAUUGUUGUGAUGCUUUGAUUUAUUUUCCCUGAAGUGUAUUUCACAUUAUGGCACAUAAUAAUACUAGCACAGAGUCACUUGCAAGUCGGUUCGACACCAUCACUACAGAGUAUCAAAUUUGUCGCAGAAAACUGGAAAGCAAAUGCGAGGCUCUUUUAAUACUCAGCAGGGAAUUGGACCAGUGUAGAAGUGAAAGAGAUCAGUUCAAAUUGAUGGCAGAACAGUUGAGAGAUAGAUAUCAAAUGGUGAAACGACAAUUGACAGGAGAUGUGCCGAUGUCAGCUUCAAUAGAAAUUGACCCAAAAACCUAUUCUGACAUUCAAACACAGACUUUAGCCCGCAUGCUGUUUGACACCAAAGAAACAAACAAAUCGUUAAAAUUUGAAGUAGACAACCUUCGCCAGAAGCUUCAAGAUGCUGAAGGUGACAUUAAGCUUUUACGUGAACAGAUAGCUAGAUCACGAGUUGGUACCACAGAUGAAGGAUUAAAUACCCGUCAUUUUCCUGCUCAUGAAAGAGAAGAGUUGGUUCGGCAGUUGGAAGCUAGUAGAGAAGAGUAUGUUCAGUUGGAGAGAGAUUUGCAGCAAGUAUUAGAUGAAAAGGAAGAAUUAGUGACUGAGAGAGCUGCUUAUCGUACAAAAUAUGAGCGCCUGAAUACAGAGCUCAAUUACAUUUUGGGUGGGGAUGAAAAAAGAAUUGUAGACCUGGAUGUACUUAUCAUGGAAAAUAGAUUUCUACAAGAGAGAUUAAAACAGAUGGAAGAAGAAAAAACUAUGGCAAUAGCAACAGUCACUAAAUACAAAAGCAUCUUGGAAAAGAAGAAAACUAAAGGUAUUCUUAAACUUGGACAGUGUCGCAAUGAUGGCUUAGUGAUUACUCAGAAACAGAUCCAACAAGUAAUGCAGAAUAAAUCUUCCAUAUCGCCCUCACCUCAAGCAUUGGCAGAUCUUCAAGGCCUGUGUGGGGCACUGUUAGAGACUAUCAAUGACAAGAACCUGGCUUUGUCGCAUCAGAGAAAAACUAACAAAUUAUUAGGAAACCGUGUGAACGAAUUAGAGAAAAAACUAAAAACACUAGAAGUCUCAGGAUUAUGGAGUGUUGCAGGUCACUUUCCUAAUUUGGAGAAAUUAAAAGCAGAAUGUGAAGAAAUCAAAACUCUUGUCCCUCAUCAGUUUUCUCAGUCCACUGACUCCUCAUCUGGAGCAGCUAACAUAGCCUCAGAUUUUGAAUCAUCAGCUUCGAGCAGUGCAGUCCACAGUGCAGGCACUAGCCCAUACCAUAAGCUGAAUCAGUUGAGCCGACUGGACCUUGAAGAGCUGGACAUGUUGCCAACUAAAGAAAAACACUCUCAAUCCACUGACAAAGAUCUGCUCAUAGGUGCAGAGACUAUAAAUAGCUGCACAGAAACAAGUUUAGAUCUAGCAGAUGUGAUGAGCAAGAAUUCUGAGGCUUUAAGAAUGGCUCUUGCUGAAGCAAUGCUGAGAUCUUUAAUGAAUCAUGAGUCUAUUGGAUCUUCUGAGAACUUGAGCAACUCUGCUGAAGAGCUCGAUGACAAGACUGAUUACCUUGACCCUGAGCAGAGAGAGGCAGCUAUAUGGCAGUGUUUGAAGAGAGACUCAGAAGAUGAUCUGGAAGACCUGAAUGAUUUCAAUGAUGUUGAUGAUGAUGAUGAUGUUGAGAGAGAAGCAAGUGAAGAAUUUGAACAUCUUUUGGAGAGUGUGACCAGUAAAUUGUUGGUGAGAUCACAAGAGCUUCAGAAAAGAAAGUCAUAUGACCAGAAAGUUACUGCUAAACCAAAACAGCAUAAUGUUUACAUCACAGAAGACUUUAACACACUUGGUCAUUACAGUCUUCCUGUUUGUAAUGAAGUCAUUGUGUCAUCUGAAUGCAGAGAACAAGGUUUGGGAGAUAAGCUGAUAGCAUCAGACCAACAGCUAAAUGACUUCUUGGUUGGAGAAAGAGGGUUAGCUGAGACUAGUGACAGAAUCUCACCACUUAUACCAUCAGAUGAGUCAAAGGAGCAACUCUCUAAAGACUCGCCCUAUCUUCUUGGAUUCGCUAGUGACUCAACAUCCAGCCCAGCUGAGCAUGUGGGUUUUGCUUUGACUAAUAGCUGUGUUCAGAUCAUUGAAGUGUUAGACAUUGAAGGUGAACAGAAUGAUUUCCAACAUGUGAUUCCCUCAGAAGCUUCCUCACUUGUUGCCCAUCAAACUGGCUCUCCCCAAGACUUGACUGAAGUAGAUAGAUCAGUAGAUAACAAAGAUGAGAACUUAAUACAUUGUAAUAAUGUAAACAUAAAGGAAACAUUCUGUGAGGGGGAAGUUCAAAUCAUGUAACACUGUGAUAUAUGCAUUUAUAUUUACUUACUGUGACUUUAAAUCAUGGUAUUAUUGUUAUUUAUUUUUUCAUUUGUUUACAUACUAGUCAGGAAAAGUUUUAUUUGAACCUUACUCUUAGAGUGAAGGACAUGUUUCCAAAUAGAAGUUUUGUACUGCUUAAAAUAACUUAAAGGUCCUUGUCCAAAUCAGUAGACAAUCUAUUUAAUUUAAUUAUAAUAAUAUUCAUAAAAUGUUAAGGAUAAUAAUAAUGUUGAAUUAACUUUUCAAAUUUCUUGUCUCUAUGACAAAUUAGUUAUGACAAAUUAAUUAAUCAUCUCAUCUCUGCCUGUGGUCCAACCUUGGGCAUAAGCCACCAACCAGUUUCCUCCAGGUGUCUAAAGGUCUUCUCCUAGGUCCACAACAUCAGUUUGCUGUUUGACAUUUCUGUAGCUGGUGUAGGGUAGAUAGCUCUAUGCCCAACCCAACUCGUUUUUUAAAUUCAGGCUUGGGACUGUCCUUGGCAGACCUUUAUUUGACUGAGUUCAGUCAUUGAAUACUUUAUUUUCAAUUUAUUAGUGAAAUAUAAUGCUGUUCAGUACAGUCAACUAGUGUACAGUUGAGUCCAGAAUGAUGUGUUCUAUUUACUUUUUAUCUAGCUUGGUUUCAACUUAAACUCUUGUACUAUUUAUUUUUAUUGACAUUCCUAACAGAAUAUUACCAUAAGAAAGCAUUCCUUUGGCACAUAUAAUGAACAUUUUGCCUUUCUUAUGAGCUUCCUUUAAAGUGUUAUAGAAAGUAACAUUUUAAACAAGUGUCCCUCUUUCUAUGGCUUACAGUUAAGAGAGUGUCAUGUGACUAGCACUCUUCCCAACUGAACUAAAAUUAUUGUCUUUAACAUUGUAUCUCUCCUUUUUUUGGAAGCCAAGCAGUUUACCACUUUUUUAUUUAUUUAUGUCGUGGCUAUUGAUUGAUCUGGUAGAGAUGCCUUCCAAGCGCUAAUUUUGUGGAUGGAUCUAAGUCAAAGUUAUAUAUAUAUAUAUAUAUAUAUAUAUAUAUAUAUAUAUAUAUAUAUAUAUAUAUAUAUAUAUAUAUAUAUAUAUAUAUAUAAUUUUUCUCUGUUAUACCAAAGUUGGAUAGCACAAAUCUGGGUAUUAAUAACUAUUUAUUUAUUGAAAUAUGCUAUGUAGCCUUUCUAAUAAUAUGACCUUUUUUUUUUUUUUCAGAUAUUGGUUUAUAUUGUGAUUAUUUCAAAUCGUCUUCUAUUGUUUUUUUGGUGGAUGAAUUUGUGAUAUAUGAGUUGUCUCAAAUACUAUAUUUUUAUUUGAUAUUUACCUAUGGCUGUUAUAUUGUUGUAUUUUUGUGUGUGAAGCAUAUGUUAUUUGUGCAAUACAAUUAUUUAUUGAAAGGUAUAAACAUUUUCUCAACAAUGUUUCUUUUAAAAAAUGAUUGGAUAGGUUUUGUUUUAAAAAUAAGAUCUGAUCACUCUUUAGUCUUGUUUUCUUUUUACAGUCUGAACUAACCACUGUAGUUCAAACAGACCACUGUAGUCUGAAGCACAUCCAAUAAGAGUCAUCUGUUGUUAACAUGGUGCCUCAGAAGUAGCCAUUUUAAACUUUAAAAUAACUAUAUGAUAGAUGUUGAAUUACAUAUGAUAGAUAUUUAAUUACAUACAAUAGAUGUUUAAUUAAAUUUCAUAAUUGAUGAAUUACAUAUGAUAGAUGUUGAAUUACAGAUGAUAGAUGUUGAAUUACAGAUGAUAGAUGUUGAAUUACAGAUGAUAGAUGUUGAAUUACAGAUGAUAGAUGUUGAAUUAUGUGCUUUCAUAACACAAACUAAUGUUCAGAAAAGGUGCAGUGACAAAAGUUUUGUCUUGUCAAUCCAUCUUCAAUCUCUUUGGGUGCAUGGGAAAGUCACAUCUAUCUUUAUUUAGACAUGAGCGUGUUAUUUUUUAUUGCAAAGCUUUUUGCAGUCUUCAUGGUUAAUUUUAAAUGGUUUCCCUUUUAUUAGUUGAAGAAAUCCCUUUAAACUGAACAUUGUUCUCACAAACAUUUGUUGGACUAGAUGUACAGUAUUUUUGUUAAAAGGUUCAAUACUAAAUAGGUCUACAGUAUUGACUAAAUAAUGGCUAUGUAUUGCUAUCAAUAUGAAAUACCAAAGUUCAGAAGUCACUAUCUGUAUUGUACAUUAAAUAUAAUAACUCCACAUUUAAAAUUGUACAUCUAGGUGAAGUACAAGUCUAUGUAGUCCACAAAUUUUGAGGCGCGAAAACUAAUCAGAUCAAAUUUGUAAUGAUUUGAAAUUUUCUAAAACAUUUUAUAGCCAUCACAUGGAAAGGUACAUUUGAACUCCCACUCAAUACUUAUGUAAUUCUAAAUGUUAUGUUUUAUAGCCUAUUUUAAUAUAAAUAUUCCAAGAUUUAACAAAUUGUUAAUCUAUAAUAUUAUAUUUCAGUGUUAAUGAGAUACUAUAUUUUGUUCAAAGCUAGAAAGGAUUGUUUUUGUUUCUUUAGAAUAAUACUGGGUAGUUUUAAAACUACAAAGUCCUAACAUUCAUCUUUUCAAAAUAUUUUUUCAGACAAAUGCUGAUUUCUUCUUUCCACCCCCCAAACCCCCCAUUUUAAAAAAAAAACUUCAUUUCAUUGGAAACAGGUCACAUGGCAACUUGAUUUAUAUUGCAUAGUCUUAAUUUCAUGCUCAUGAAUUGUGUUCAUUGUGUACCGUAUGUGUUUGUAUUGUGAUCAGUGAGUGUAACAGUGCUGAAGUACAUUGGUUGUAUUGGUCAGUGAAAAUAAAGCCCAUGUUUACAAUCA